CUCGUCCGGUCCUUGGAGAGAUAAAGUCGACUCUCCUCCAUUCUUCAUAUCCUUUGGCCCAAGGUCUGGAUCCUUGAUGUAUAACUUCACCGAAUUGACUUCGAAAUACGGUCCAAAUUCGGCAGGUACCCUUUCCAGGAGACUUGCGACCGAGAUUCUCCAAGGUCCCCAAUCAUCUUUUGGUCCUUUUUCAUUGCUAAGGUUGAUAACAAAGUCGUGUUAUUUCGAGCAGAGCUUAAUGGUAACUAUUUCGCUCUCAAAGACGAACAAGUCCUCUCCGUCUUUGCUGCCAUUCCUUUCCGUCCCCACACGAUUUCUCAAGAAGUCCUCCGGCAGCUUGCGUGGGAUUCCUGCUGCAGUCUUCCGCCUACUUUUCGGUUCGAGGCUGUAUUCGAUGAACCGCCCAACGUGGUCGCUUGGCUUCUCCCAUCGCACCAAGAACAACUGGAGAUGGUGGACGAAGGAAGAAAGCUGGACGAAGGAAGAAAGCACAACGACCCGUCCAGCGCCCUUACCCCUAUAGGGACAAGGGUCGCUACACCCAGGCAGCGGCAGCCGAUAAUCGGCGCAGGGAGCGAGCACCCACUUGCGAGGUGCUAUCCCUAUCAAGUGAACUUCUAUCCCUAUCCCAAAGGGUGAGGUAUGACCGCACAGGGGAAGGAACCAAGUGGCCCACAAGCAUGCACGAGGAUUUA